UUCCCAUAGUCUCUGCCAUUCCCUUUCAAUGCUUUCAAUACGCCGUUUGAUUUUUUUCUUUAAGCUUCACUCUUCCCAACAAUAUGCUUAUAUAUUAUAUAUAUCUGCUUUCUUUAGGCUGGGUUAUCCUAUACAGUUAAGGUUAGCUAUUUAAUUUCCCCUCACUGGUGUUGAAUCGAAAGAGAAGCAGUAUACAUACAUUUCCCAUAAUUCCGUAGUAAUGACGCACGCAGUAGACGUUCAGGGGAACCAUGACAGUUUGCACAGUUGCAUGCUUGUAACGUUAUUCUAGCUACCGACUUUAUGACUUGUACUUGCUGUAACCUCGAGACCGUGGAUAAGGAAGCCGAAAUUACUGUCAGAGUAAACUGACAUCUCAACAUCAAGCUGGGCAGUUAGCUAAUCUUUUUAACGGAGACUGUGGGCUGCUCGAGAUAUUUCCCCCUGAGACCGCAACGACAGUCCAGGGUUGCCAAACAACAAGCAUCAUUCAGUGUCAGCCAGAGGUAGCAGCUGGAGCUCUCAAGUCGCCUCGACCCUGUUUCGCUGGAGCUUGUUCAUUCCUUCUUCAACACACUGGGUCAACAAUGCCUGCGGACCCCCUGCCUGAACGCCCAGUGUGCAUUGGUGAUUUGGUGUUAGACAUCUUGCAACCACAGCACCUUUCCAAAAACCCCUGACUGACAAUUGUCUGUGGGCCUCACCCUACUUCUGGUUCCACUUCCUGGCCCCGCUGCUGUUGUUUAACACUUUCUCAUCUCCUCUUAGGAGGGGCAGGAUGCCUUUAGUGGUUAGAGAAACGUCUUCGGCUGUAUGGGUAUAAUGCAAGCAUGUGUCCUGCUGGACUUUACUUGAGUGAGGCACUAAUUCCACACCAGCUCUCAGGAAUGCUUUGCAGUGGACUUGGACCUCUGAACUCUCUCUAGAUACAGACAGUGGGAAAGAGAAUCUCCCUGCAGAAAUCAAGUAAUUAUCACUUUAUUGGUAUAGCCACAGCCCCCAAAAAAGACCUUCAGCCUCGGACUGAGCCUCUGCAGCUCCCCUCCGCUUCGCCACCGCAGUACCAUGCUGGGUGCACUCUUGCGGAGGAACAUGACCCAGAAGCUGAGUGUGCUGCUACUGGUAUUUGGCCUGGCGUGGGGACUUAUGCUGCUGCGCUACACUGUGCAGCAGCCUCGCCAUCAGAGCAGCGCCGAGCUACGUGAGCAGAUCCUGGAGCUCAGCCGGCGAUACGUCAAGGUUCUGACAGAGGAGAACCAGAAUGCACCAGGUGGGCCGCAGGGAACGUCCAUGGCUGGUUAUGCUGAUCUGAAGAGGACUAUCGCUGUGCUACUGGACGACAUUCUGACGCGGCUGGUCAAACUGGAGGGGAAAAUCGAGUUGGCAGUCAAUGCCUCCUCCACUAACACCUCCCACACAGCAGGGGGCGUUCUUGCCUCUGCUCCCGCUGCCCUACAGAAACCUUUAAAGCAGGAGUCCCCUGGCAGCCACCCAGAGACAUCUCGCCUUCACCCACACAUCCCUAAUAGGCCUCGGCCACAUCAAGGAGCAUAGUCUUGAAAGAUGUAUUGAUUUAUUUUUUAUUUUUAGCACAUCACACUUUUCCAGCAUUUAUCACUGAUGUCACAACAUCAGAGAAAUGAAAAGCAAUAGUGAGACAUAUGGACCUCCAGAAACUUCACAUUUGGGAUGCUUCUUAGAAAUGUUCAGCCAACUCAGAGGGAAGAAGGGAGACUUUAUGCUCUGUCCUCUCAUAUGCUGACAUUUAUUUAUUUUUUACCAAGACUAUCAAGCACAUUUAUUUUAUUUUUUUUAUAUUUGCUUUGCUAAUUUUAUUUGGCUUAGAUUUUAGCAAUUUUUUUUAUAAUGCAAUAUUUGAAUCAUAUGACUGUUAGUAAAUUCAGAGAGGUAUAAAUACUCUUGGAACUGAACCAGAUUCUCAUACGCUUUAUCAUAAAAAUGGCUUGAAGUGCUCCCCCAUCUACAUUGUAAACUAUUUUACAAUACUGCUUCAAUAUAUCAAAAUGCUGAACUAAACUGUAGUACACUCGGUGAUAGUUAGGAAUAGCAGACUGCUAUUUAUCAGUUUUUAGCUGGUGCAGUUGGUAGUUACUGUAUGAAGAAGACUCAGUUACACUUUACUUGAAGGUAUCUACAUAAGAGUGACAUGACACUGUCAUGAACGUGUCAUAAACAUUAUA